UCAAACAGCACCUAACUUGGCCUAGCCUUUAACUUGCUAAAUUUUCUUUUUGAGUAUUAGCUCGAAAGAGAAAAAGAAAAAAGAAAAAGUACCCAUCUCCUCCAAAUCCUCCUCAGAUCUCUCACUUUCUUUCUGUCUGUCUUUCUCUCUCCAAAUUCUCAAGAACCCAUUUCCAGUUUUCCAUAUAUCAUCAUCAGGAAUUGUUUCUUCAUCUUACAAUGAGAGAUUUUGUUUCUUGUUUUAAUGAAAAUGCCAUAAAUGUUUCUCAUUCUUCUUCAUGUUCUAGCUUUUCAAACAAUGCUUGUAUCUCUCCAGCUCUAAUCCCAUCAGUUCAGAACACAGUUUCUUGCUUUUAUAAGAUCAUCCUCUCUUCUCAAAAGCAACUCUUGGUCACAGUCACUUGGUUCAAAAAACACACAGCUCAAGGCCUUAGCAUAAGCUUUGGCAAUGAAUCUUCAACAUCUUUCAAACUCAACACCAGUGGCAGGCUCUUCAGGAAGAAGAAAGGCAGCAAAAUUAUAGAUUCUGAUAGUUUCAAGAUUGAAAUCUUCUGGGAUCUUUCUUCUGCUAAAUAUGAUUCAGGACCUGCACCAGUUGAUGGGUUCUAUGUUCUGGUCAUGGUUGAUUCAGAAAUAGGCCUCGUUCUUGGUGAUGUAAAAGAAGAAACCAUGUUCAAGAAGCUCAAAGCUAGCAACUCAGUAGCUAAAUCAAGUCUCAUUUCAAGACAAGAACAUUGUUCAGGCAAUAAUUUGUAUGUUAGUAAGGCAAAAUUCUGUGACACAGGCAUUGAACAUGAUGUUUUGAUCAAAUGCAGUGAUGAAAAUGAAGGGCUAAGGUAUCCGGUCUUGGCGGUAUGUAUUGAUAAGAAGACGGUGAUUCGUGUGAAGAGAUUGCAAUGGAAUUUUAGAGGAAAUCAGACAAUUUUUGUUGAUGGAUUGCUUGUUGAUCUGAUGUGGGAUGUUCAUGAUUGGUUCUAUAAUCCUUCUUCUGGUUCCGCUGUGUUCAUGUUCAAGACAAGAAAUGGAAUUGAAAGCAGGCUGUGGUUGGAAGAGAAAUUGGUGCAAAAAGAUGAAGAAAGAUUUGAAUUUUCUUUGUUGAUUUUUGCUUGUAGAAGCCCUUGAAGAAGAAAAAAAAAGAUUUUGUUCAUCUUCUGGUUCUUGUUAAUUAUCUUCUCCAUCCUUUCUGUUUGAUUUUUAGUUUUCUUUCAUUUUCCUUUCUUCUUGAAAGGCAUAUAUACUUAGCAUUCUUUUGAU